UGCCAACCGCCAAUCAAAUCAAAGAAGAAGAAGUGAAAUCUGCCCUCAAUGCGCUCACCAAGACGGCCGACCAAAGCGGGAAGAAACUUCUACAAUCCAGAAAUAAAGAGAGUUAGCCAAAUUACAAAUUUGAAUCCUGUUUUCCCGUAGACAGUAAAAGAAAGGAUUUUUUUCCUGUUCUCAUUUAGCGCUGGUCUGGCCUCACCCACCGGCAGAGUGCGUCAUUCACAUGAUAAUGACCUGAAUGUGUGAAACUCCCUCGAUCAACAGGAUAAAACUGGCGGCAAACUCUUGUCUGGCUUUAUUGACUUUUCCUCAAGAUGGCUCACGAGGAAGCUCUUCGGAUGAUCAUAGACAGCGAGGAAGAAUUCACUUGUUCGUCAGAGUCAGAAGAUGAUGAAGACUUUGAUGAUGAAGACCUGCAUCCAGCGCAGGACACAUUUUCUGAAGAGAAUGUGAUUCCUUCACGUGGACCUUACACAAGACGCAAACAUCGUUCAGUUUUCAGCACGGUUGAGAAUAUUGAAUGUGAGAGUGACAGUGACCAGAUUCCUGUUUUAAAGAGAGCCAAGACUCCGUCAUGGAGAAAAGAGACUGAUGUCGAUGUGGCUCCGAAGUCUCUGAGAUUCCUGCCGGCUCGGGAGCCUGGGCCACAGUUGAAUCUUGCUGAUUCGCACUCUCCUAUGAGUCUUUUCAAACUGUUUUUCUCAGAGAGCGCCGUGUCCAAUCUGUGCCACAACACAAACGCUCAGGCUGCCAGAGCACUCGCAAAGGGUCGUAAAUACAGUUGGGCAGAUGUCAGUGUUGGCGAUCUGUACCGCUACAUUGGACUCGUUUUCUACAUGGCCUCUUUGAAGAUGAGCUCCAUCGCUGACUACUGGCGACAGGACAGUCUCUUCUCUUUGCCUUUUCCCUCCACAGUCAUGUCUAGGGAACGAUACCGCACCAUUUCAUGGAAUUUGCACAUGAGCCACCCAGACGCAGACAAGGAAAAUGACAAAAAGAAGGGAACAGCUGAACAUGACCAGCUUUUCAGAGUAAGACCCCUCAUGGACACUAUCCGUCUUGCAUGCAAAACCUUUUAUCAUCCCAGAAGAAAUUUAGCUGUGAAGGAAAGACUGGUAGCAUGCAGAGCAAAUGCAGGAAUGAGAAGAUUCAUGAAAGCCGAGCCAGCAAAGCUGGGCUUCAAGUUUUUUGUCCUUACUGACUCGUCGAAUGGAUAUACUGUGGACCUCUCUGUGUACACGGGCAAGAACAUCUUUCCCACAGGCCUUGGGCUUUCUUAUAAUGCCGUGAUGUCUCUCCUGGACAAGAAAGUUUUGGGCUCUGGGUACCAUGUGUACAUGGACGAUUUCUACACAAGUCCAAAGCUCUUAACUGACUUGUUUGCUAUGAAGUUUGGUGCUUGUGGGACUUACAGAGACUAUAGGAAGGACUUUCCACAAAGCUCAUCUAAUUCACUGACCAAAAAGUCCAGCAGGGGAUCCAUCCGGUGGAUUCGGGAUGGGCCUCUAGUGUAUGUGAAGUGGAUGGACAAACAAGAGGUGUCCAUUUGCUCCACCAUCCAUGCUGCCUAUACAGGAGACCGUGUGCAACGAAAAGUAAAAGCACAUGAUUCACGGUGGACAAAGUCUUUUCCAUGUCCUGCGCCAGUAACCGCUUACAACCGGCACAUGACAGGUGUUGACCCGUCCGACCAGCUGUUGCAGUAUUACACCGUACAGCACAAAACCAUGAAGUGGUACAGAAAAGUAUUUCUACAGUUCUUGGAUGUUGCUGCCACCAACGCUUUCAUCUUGCACAAGGAGCUACACGGCAACAUGACACACAAGGUGUUUAUGGAAGAGCUUAUUGAAGAGCUCUGUGGUGUGUCUGAGAAAUCAGAUCCAAAAAAGACCUGUAAGGACCAUGUGCCGGUUCCAGGAGCUGAGCUUACCUCAGAUGUCAGAAAGAUUGCCACUGUUGGUCGCCGCAUAUGUGUGCAUUGCAAAGCAGUGCGUAACAAGAAGCAACAAACACCAUGGAAAUGCCAGGCAUGUGACGUUCAUUUGUGUCUUCAGUUAAACAGGAACUGUUUCCAGGAAUGGCACAACAAUUUUUGAGUGUUCAAACCUGGGUGCACAAAAAUGUGCCUUCAAUUACACACCCUCUUUUGUAUUUGAUUUUAUUAUGUACACUAUUUUUUAAAUAAACUAUAAAUGUG